UUUUUUCAUUGAAAUUCACCGAUUUGAAAACAAUAGAACAAAAAAAUGAUGGUGGUGAAAAUGUUUUUAUCGUUGAUGCUAAUGAUGAUCAUAAUUAUUCCAAUGUUUAAUUGUCAAUCAUUUGCUUAUAAACCAAGAUUUCAUCCAAAUGGUUUGCCUGAACAAUGUGGUAGACAAAAAGUUCGUGAUUAUCUUGAUUGUCAAACAAAAAUGGAAAAUAGAUUUGAAAUUACACCUGAUGAUUAUUAUUUAGGAUCAGUGAAAUUUUGUUGUUUUGUUAUGUUUCAAAAUGAGUGUGAAAUAGAAAUUGCCAGUUCUUGUAAUAAAACAUUGGGUGAAUUAACAGAUAGAGCAACAAAGAAUCAAUUUGAUAAUUUUUGUCGACCAUUUAUGAAACCAGUAAAAACAUUUUGUUAUCCAUAUGAUAAUAAAAAUAAAGAAGAAUUUUGGUUUUAUUCAAAUUGGGCCAUGAAUUUUACUAGUUGUCUUAUUGGAAUUCCAUUAUUUUUCUGCUUAAUCGGUCGAUGGUUUAUGUUUAAAGCAAAUGAUGUAAUAGGUAUAUUUAAACCAAGAACUUAACAAAAGCACAAUGUUAAACAUUAAGACACGAAUUACAA